CUCUGGGAAAAUUUUACCUUUUUGCAUUUUUUUUUUUUUUUUUUUUUUUAACGGCAUGUCCCGCUUUGUCUGUGGAGUAGACCUGUAUUACACCUGACAACCUACAGUGGGCGCAGUUCAGUCCAAAUCCAGGAAGCGCACAAAGAGAGAAAGUGCGGAGCGAGCAUCACACUCCCAUCUCCACUCACUCAAAAGCACGCGUUUCAUUGUCCCACAGCCUAGAAACAGGGACUUUACGGGACCGCCUUCUCAUCAGCCCGAAAAACACUGUAAUUUACGCAUUUUUUCCUUUGCGUCUUGGACUUAUUCUUUUUUAAUGAAUGGAUAAACGUGCGCCGGGGUUUACACCUGCUCUCUCUGCCUCUCUCCUUCGCUCUGCCUUUUGUCUGUGGCAUCUCAGCAGCCACACGCACUGAUUCGGACAGCAGGAGCCGGAGCAGCAGUAGCGGGGCAAACCUGACACCCGCUGCCCCGCGUCGCAGCCUCUUCUCCCGCAGGAACAUCCACCGCGCACCGCCAAACUCACCCGGAGCCGUGGCUGUCUCGUUUCGCGACUUUUAAUUGUUCCAUUUGGCAAACUUUGCGACAUUAAGCAAUACCAAAGCUGUUUUACAAUCUUGGGACAUAAUUAUAAGGAUUUUUGUGUGUGUGUAGUAGUCCAUAUCCUGCCUACCUGGGGAGGAAAGGAAAGAUGCGGGUGCUGGUGUUGCUGUGCCUGUGUUCCGGAGUCGGCCCGGUGAGAGGGGCGGACGGGAGCUGCUCGGACCUGCGGCAGUUCUACACCGGGAAGGGCUUCACUUUGGCCGGGGUCCCGCAGAAUGAGAUCUCCGGUGAGCACUUGCGCAUGUGUCCCCAGGGCCCCACCUGCUGCACCAGUGCGAUGGAGGAGAACCUGGCCGGUCUGAGCACGCGGGAGACGGAGGGGCUGAUCAGAGAGGCCGGCCGCUCGGUGCAGGCCUCCUUCCACGCUCUGCACCGGAGCUUUGACAUGUAUUUCACGGAGCUGCACAGUCACUCGGAGCGUGCCCUGCAGGAGAAGUUGGCCCCCCUUGGUCCCCUGUACUCCCAGAACACCCGUCUGUUUGGGGACCUCUACACAGACCUGAGACAGUACUACCGCGGCUCUGCUCUCAACCUGGACGAAACUCUCUCCGACUUCUGGUCCCGCCUCCUGGAACGCACUUUCAAGAGCUCCGCCCCCUCUGACGUCAUCCUAUCUGAGGACUACCUGGAGUGCGUCGCCAAGCAACAGGAGACACUGCGUCCGUUCGGAGACGUCCCACGAGACAUGAAGACGAAGGUGGUGCGGGCCUUCGUCACAGCGCGUUCGUUUGUCCAGGGGCUCAUCGUCAGUGGGGACGUGGUGAGGAAGGUGUCACAGGUUGCUCUGAGCCCUGACUGUGUGAAAGCUCUGAUGAAGCUCGUGUACUGUCCUCACUGUCGCGGUCUUGCCUCAGUCAAGCCCUGCUCCAACUACUGCUUCAACGUCAUGAAGGGCUGCCUCGCCAACCAGGCCGACCUCAACUCUGAGUGGCAGAAUCUCAUUGACACCAUGAUCCAGGUGGCCUCCAGUUUCAGCACAGAGCCCAGUCUCGACGUGGUCCUCUCCUCCAUCCCCUCUCGAAUCUAUGAAGCUGUUUACUACCUGAAGGAAAACAUGGACUCCUUCACUGCUAAGGUGUACCAGACCUGUGGGACUCCAGGGGAAUCAGGCACUGGGACCCCCACAGUCCAGGAGCAGAAGAAGAAGAGCAGCUCACUCACCGCCUCAGAGAACAAACCAGCGCCCACUGCUGGCAUCAGACUGGAAAUGCAGGUGUCUGUUCUCACCACUAAACUGAGAGAGAUGCGUCAGUACUGGAUUGAGCUCCCUGUGGGUCUGUGCGGUAAAGUGGCUGAAGGCUCCAGUCCAGACAAAUGCUGGAAUGGAAUGUCCAAAGGAAGGUAUCUUCCGGAGGUGAUGGGAGAUGGUCUGGCCAGUCAGAUUAAUAACCCGGAGGUGGAGCUGGACAUCACAAAGCCGGACAUGACAAUCCGACAGCAGAUCAUGCAGCUCAAAAUCAUGAGCAACCGACUGAAAAACGCUCUGGAGGGAAACGACGUGGACUUCCAGGACGCAAGUGAUGACAUCAGCGGAUCAGGAAGCGGCAUGUGCUUCAGUGGGCAGUGUACUCGGAGCAGAGCGGGCUUGUUCCCCUACCCACCGGACAACAAAGGAGUGAAGGGCACGGCUCCCCCUCAGCUCUGCCUCUCCACCAUCCUACUCCUCUUCCCACUGGCUGUGCCACUCCUGCAGCGAUGAUUGACAGCUCCAACAACCAAACAGACUCUACUACUGUCUGAAGUAGGACUACAGCAUGAAUGAGGAGGACAAUGUAGCUUGGAGAGAGUUGCUUUUGGACAAACCUUUGCCAAAAAGAGUGGACUUUUUUCCUUUCCGCCAUGAGGGAAAAUUUACAAUAUUUUUAUUUUGUUCAUGUAUGAUAGUUUGUUGAGGUGUCUUGCAAGAAACAUGAAGAAAAUAGUGUUGAGAAGAUUGAAUUUGUUCGGUCAUUUUCACCUGACGACGAAAACAAAAAAAAUAUUGAUCCCAUAUUUUGCGGGACAGUCCACAAGACAUUUUCCAAACUUCACUUUUGUAAACAUGCGUAAGGUGUAAAUGUGUGUAGCUUAAUGACUGGCAACAUACUGAGCCAUGAAUGUACAGUAUAAUAUUGAAUCUAAUGACAAUGAAAUCCCCAUAAUCUGUCAUGUAGUCGUCCAGAUGUUUUCAGUGUGUGUUGGCUUACAAUUGAUAGAAACAGUCUAAAAUAAAGGGGGAAAAUUACUACAAUCUUAAAAUAUCCGAUGUUAUAAUAGCAAGAUUCAAAGUAAAAGGACAUUUCCACAUUUGGUUUAUCUCUCAAAGCACCUAUGAACAAGCACACUAAGGUUUUUAACGCAAUGAAGGCAGAGACGUGCACAUAUUACAAAAUCUUUUAUUAUUUAUUUUCUGUGAAUGGUAGGGAUGUAACAAUAUCCAAAUGUCGCAAUACGAUAUUUUCACGAUAUGCAUCACGGUAUUAUAUUUUGCAGAGUCUAACAGAAUUGCGAUUGUCCUGCUUUUCACUUUUAAAAUGCCUUGAUAAAACUUUGAUUCAUAAUCCAAAUUUAAAACAUUUAAAAGCGCUUAUAACAUUAUUUCAUGUAACAGAAACAGAGCAAAGCAUCAUGGUCUAUGUAGUUCCUUCUGCACAACAACAUAACAAUGAAUUUAAGCAAAGAAACUUAUAAUUCGUGUGAUAUUUUGAUGAUACGAUAUGAUAUUUCAGUUAUUGUUACAUCCCUAAUGAAUGGUGAUGGAAAUUGAGUCUUGUUAGAGGGAUGCUUGCAAAAAAGCACAACAAUAAUCCACUCAUCUUGAUUUUGCCAAUAGGUGACCACAAAUAUUUGGUCUCUAAAGUGUCCUUGAAACAAAAAUGUAUGAAUGAAAAAUUGAACUAAUUGUGUAUGACAGUACAGGCAGAUCUUCAGCUGUGUGCCUAUGAAAAAAGAGGCAAAUGCGGAAACAAUAAAGGCUUAUCUUAUCCGGACUAGCUAUAGAGAUCUCCAAAGCAAGCAUCUUUGGAGACUUUAUAGUAGAAAUCUACACACAACACCUUUAUAGUGUAGUGUAGUCAGUGUUGGUCUAAUAGCAUUUGGUUGGACCUGUUUAAACAUACAGAAAGGGGCCUGUAUAGAUGGCAAUAUACAGUACUUUCAUGAAUAUGCCAUUAAUUAUCCAAUACGUUCAGUAAUGCUACAGUAAGUGGUGUAAAAUCAAUGUUAAAAGCAAGUAUCGUGAACUACAAAUGAUUCCUCUGCAGGUGGUGUUUUACGGACAUUGCUCUAAGUUAUUUAAAGGGCCCAUAUUACACUGUUUUCUCAUCUGUUAUAAUGCUGUUUCCUCAUCAAAAACAUAGUCGGAGUUGUGUUUUGUUUCAUUCAUACAUGUUUAUGGUCACAUUUUUAUAUAGCGCUUUUGCACCUUCAAGGCUCAAAGCGCUUUACUUCAAGGAACCACUCAACAAUUGACAGACACAUUCAUACAACAGGGUACAUAGACACUAGGGGUGAGGUGGGUUAAGUGUCCUGCCCAAGGACACAACAACAACAUUCAUCUGUAGCAGCUGGAAUCGCACCACCAUCCUGUUUAUGUCAAGAGUGGGAUUUAUACCGCCAACCUCUAUUAUCUGAACUGAACCAACCCAAUACACAAACCCUGCGUCUUUUUUCAGGCAGAAAACGCUCUACUUCAAACACACUAAUACAGGAAGUGCUCCACUGUGUUUUUAAACUCCAGGUUAGGUUAGAUUAGGUUGCUUUAUUCGUACCCGUAGGUAAAUUUGUUUUGCAGAUUUGAGAGACAGGUCCCACAUUUCACAUUUCAUUCAUCCACAGUAUACACAAUAAACAGGUAUAAAAAACACAAUUAAAAAAAGUAUCACAGUGCUCCAGUGCAGAAUGGUUUGUUCCAUAAACAAUUAGUUAAAUUCAUCCAUCACGCUUGGCUAAAAUCACAAUAAAUAUUAAAAAUAUAAAAGCACACGGUUUUCCAAGACAGACGUACUAAAAUUGAUAGAUAAACAGAUUACAAUUUAUUCAUAAGAACCUUCACUCGAAUCACUAUCAGGAGAAUUGCCAAUCUCAAAAACACAACCCUGGGUAUGUUUUUGUUGAGGUUACAACAUUUGAACAGAGCUUAAAGCUCACAAUUUUAAGUCAAUUUUGUGUAAUAUAGGACCUUUAAAAUGUGUGCAAUGUGGUACCAUGAGGGUUAUAUUAAGACAAGCGAAGGGUCACUUUUACUUUUUGAAAUUCAUGUGUGUUUGGAACAAAGCUUUUGAACAACUGGACUUACUUAAAGGUGUAACUAUUUUGUCUGGGGUAUCCAUCACAUUUGUCUUUUUUAAGAAUCCACAACAUGACAUUAAACUUACCUGUCUUACAUAUAAUCAAUUACAGAUGAAAAAACACAUUUUUACUGUGAGCGGGUUUGCCUCUUCACUUAAUCUAUCUAUAGAAUUUGCCAAGUGGUGUCACACGCUUGGAGACAGAUAAGACUAAUGCCAUACUGUGGAAAUUUCCAGGCAAACCACAGAAUCAAGGAGGUUAUGGACACAUCACUCGAAAUGUUCCGUAGUGCAUCUUUAAAUCCAGCCCUUGCACAUACAAAGAUUGGGAUUUUUUGGCUUAUGUUCACGCAUCUGUGUAAUAAUCUCACAUUUCAUUAAACUCUGUC